UCUGACAGUUCGUAUGCACAUACAAUUUUUUUUCAAUUUGUAAUUUCUUGAAUAUGUAAUGUAAUGAUACAUUGUUUUUUCUAUUUCUAUAAAACAUUUUUCUAUUAUCGUAGGAUUGUAUUAUAUUCCUACUUUCAUUUUACUUUCAUAAACAUUUCAUGUUUUUUUUUUCAAAUAUGGCCGUUUUGAACGUUUACUUUAUGAUCUAACCUCUUGAUCAAAUUCAAUAUUGUUUUGGUUUGAUAACAAUUUUCUUAUAUUUUAUUACUGUUUUAAGUGUUUUUAAAGUUAAUAGUAAACUCUUAGCAUAUCCCACAAACAGUAAGUGGAAAAUAUAAAACAAAAUCACUUUUUUUAAUGUAUAUAAUUGACUGGUAUAAACAGUAUAAAGAAAGAGGGUAACACAUUUUAGCAGCUGUUUAUCUCUCAAAAAUAAAUAUAAGCUACGCUAAUAAUGGAACAAGCUAUUUUGUAAACUUUAAAUGAAUAAUUUCUAUUAUAAAACAAUUUGCAACCAUUGUCGAAUGGUGACAGUCGAGCAGAACUGCUCGAAUUCGUGCCUCCUGCUUGUGGUAUUGAAACGUCCAUCUCUCCCACACACGCGCACUCACACACACACACGCACCUACACACCAAUAAAAAUCUCCCAAACAAUUCCGACUUGUCAAACGGAACGCAGCACUUUACCGAAGUGGUUUAUUUUCUUAGCAGCAUUUUUUCGACAACGGGUUGGAAUUCAGUGGCUGAAACAAAAUUUUUAUAUAGCCGGCCCUCCUCCCGGCCCCGUACAGUGUUAAUUGGUAGCAAGUGUUACAAUUAUUGUGUGUUGUGUUUCAAACAAAAAAAACAACAGUGCAGUGUUUUUGCAGGGUUAAGAAGUUAAAUGAGUUUUUUGAGGGGCAACACACACACAUCGGAUAAUGUGAGAGAAAAUGUGAAAUUUUAGCAAAAGAUUAUGCUCGAGAAGUGUUGAAAAUUGUGAUAAUAUGCAACGUUCUAAAAUUAUUAAUCAAAACUUCGCGUGUUAACCGCCACCCCCCCAAAAACCCCCAACCACCCGCCGCCAACCCCUUUAGAGCAGCCCCGAAACGAAACGUUGCCCGUGUGUUGCUACCGUAGAGAAGUUUGUAUAAAUCAACUACCAAAAAGCAAAACAACAAAAAAAAGUUCAACUUCCGCACAAAAUAGAAGAAGAAGAAAAAAACAACAAAUCUCCCAACAACGGCAACAUGAAUACUAGUGCAACAACCAACACCAACAACAAAAUCAACAUAAGCAAUAACAAUGCGAUCAACGAUAAAAACAACACUAGCUGUCCAUCGUCCGCAAUGCUGAACUCUACGCCAAGACGAGGAACGAAGCGUAAAAUUGCGACAGUUGGUAAUGGAAUUUCUACAGCAAUACGGAAACGGCGCAAACUACAAAAUGCCUCCAAAUCUGGCGAGUCCCGGUUGGAGCAGGUGCCACAGACGAAAAACACUGUGGCCGUGCUGAACGAGCUGAAGCGCAAUCUGGUAUAUAAAGUUGAAUCACAGACUGGUCCAGUACAUGCACCGCUCUUCACAAUAUCGGUAGUGGUUGACGGUCAGAAGUUUGUCGGCACGGGGCCGAGCAAAAAGUUAGCCCGCGUCGCUGCCGCUGCAUCCGCUUUGCGCAGCUUUAUACAGUUUAAGGAUGGUGCAACACUAACACCGAUCGAACCGCUGCAAAACGUGGACUUUACCAGCGACGAUCCAAUGAUCGAGAAUAGCAUCUUUCCGUUGUCGGAUACCGUGGCCGGUAUGCAGGAAAAAAUCGUUUCCGUCGGUGGUAAAUCUGUGCCUGAUAACAACACGGUCAAUUCGCUACACAGCAUUAACAACAACAGCAACCAUAACAACAAUAGUGGCAAAAGCCCGUACGGCAAUAGUAUAGGCAACAGCAUCAAGCCCAUUGCCAACCGCCAGUGUGACUUUAGCGGUAACAACACGACGGUACAUGCGAACAACACCAACAGCAAAGGUGCCGCUGUACCGAGCAACGGUAGCAACUGGCAGCGAAAGGAAGCGAUCGCUACCGGCAGCGUGCAUUCCAUUACCGACAGUGAAAGACAACCACCGGUCGAAAAGCCAACAACAGGAGCAACAGCAGCAGCAGCAGCGGCAGCAGCAUCAUCAUUGCCGAACGUCAACAGCAGCGUGACCGUUCGAACAGCCCCAGCAGCGGCAUCCAGUAUCGUAACGAACAUUGCAGCUACUGGAACCACUUACAACGACAGUUACGAACAGUAUAUCAGCGUUAGUACUGGCGGCGGUACCACUACUGUCACCGCUUCCACCGGUACCACCCUCAAAACUUCCACCGCUGCCAUCAUUCCCCUAGAACCGGUGUCCUUGUCCACUUCCUCCUCCUCCCGCCCCACCCAAGCGAUCAUACCGAAACAGCCACCCAUCAGUAGCGGUAAUGCGAACCUUACCAAUUCCACCCACACCACCAAUGCCACUAACACUACUACUGCCACCAUCCUAAUGCUGCCGCUGGCCGGCUACGUAAUGUCACCGAGCGAACAGUUGCUAGCGAAAACCCUUUGCACCACGGCCGAACCGAGGGAGGCGAAACCGCACGAGGUGGUGGCCGCCGGUGCGUUCAAGAAGCUGAAGGCGAAAAACGCUAAAACGGCACUCGCCGCUAACGGUCCACUGUCGGCGGCGGGCGAUUUUCAUCGCUUCGUCAACUACAUACAGUACGAUUCGUUUAUGCUAAACGGCACGAAGAAACAAACAUCCUGCCAUAACAACUAUUUUAACAAGUUCGGCAACUUUGACACACCCAUCAACUCUUACCUAUCCCUGGUGCGUAACGAUCUUGCCAGUGUGACCAGCGCCACCACCAACACGAAACUGGCCGCGAAAGCAAUCGGAAAGGAUGGUAGUGGCAGAACCAUACCAACCGGUGGUGGUGGUGUUGCCGGUGUCGGCGGCAUCGGCAACACCACCAACGCCACCACCAACACCACCACCACCACCACGAACAGCACCGGCGUUGUUGGCAGCAGCACGCCCGCCACCAGCGCCAUUGCGAACGGUAGCAAUCCCGCUACCGCCAUUGUGAUCGUCACCUCGCCCACCUCCGUUAUCACGACCCAUCCGGCUGGUGACAAGGGUUACAUGCGCGAUUGUCCCAGCUCCAACACGGUUAGCUAUCCCUUCCCGAACACUGCCGCCAUCCCGCCCAACCUGACUCCCUACGCACAAAACGGUCAUCGGCAAGUGGUUGAAAAAAUUCAACAAAGCUUAAACUUAUUUAAAAAUACGAAUGAAAAGGCUCUAGCAUGGAAGAAACGUUUCGAAAAGCUGAAAGUGUCGUCCGGUACAACACUGCGCAACAGCGGGAAUGUCACAACCGGUCAUCAUCCAAAACCGCAACCGGAGAAAGGACCGGUGAUGCUUCUGCAUGAGCUCUUUACCGAUGCGCAUUUCGAGUGUGUUUCGUCCGACGGUCUUCAGCAUUCGAAAUUCACUGUCGUCGUUACAGUGCAUGAUAAUCAGCGCUUCGAAGGUACCGGACCGUCGAAAAAGAUGGCAAAGAAUGCGGCGGCAAAGGCGGCACUAGCGUCGAUAUGUAACAUCUCGUUCAGCCCGCUGCAGCAGUCUAAGUUUGGUCUGAUCUCGGCCGGUACCAGCAAUGGUUCGAUCGGUGGACCGAGCGGUGCCGCACUGAACGGUGACAACAGCUUUACGCAGAACAAAAACUUCGAACUGCCACAAACGUUCGCGGACGCGGUAGGCAAAUUGGUCAUCGAAAAGUUCAACGAGGUGAUGAAGGGCAGCGACGUGUACAGCCGACGCAAGGUGCUGGCCGGAUUUGUAAUGACCCACGGGUACGACGUGAAAACGGCACGGGUUAUUUCACUGGCGACCGGCACGAAGUGUGUUAGCGGCGAGCACAUGAGCGUAACCGGUUCCGUUAUCAAUGAUUCGCAUGCGGAAAUUAUUGCCCGGCGCGGUUUGAUGGAUUUUUUCUACAGUCAGCUCGAUUUGCUUUGCCAGCAAACGGCUGCAGCGAUGCAACAGCUUGAUGGAACGGGUUCGACGGCGUCAGUACACGAUACGGUGGCCGGAAACGAAACCGAACCGGGUGCAAGUGAUCGUCAGGCACGGCAAGAAAUUAUCUUCAACAAACCCGGUGACGGUUCAACCCUGUACACACUGAAGGAGGGCAUUUAUUUCCAUCUGUAUAUCAACACAGCACCGUGCGGUGAUGCGCGUGUAUUUAGUCCACAUGAAAACGAUAGCAUGGAUGUUGAUAAGCAUCCUAAUCGGAAAGCGCGCGGACAACUCCGCACAAAAGUCGAAUCGGGCGAAGGCACUAUACCGGUGAAAAGCAGCGACGGUAUACAAACCUGGGACGGUGUUUUACAGGGCCAGCGUCUGCUGACCAUGUCGUGUUCGGACAAAAUUUCACGAUGGAAUGUGCUUGGUUUGCAGGGUUCGUUGCUAGCGUCCAUCAUUGAGCCAAUCUAUCUGCAUUCGAUCGUACUGGGCAGUCUGCUUCAUCCGGCCCACAUGUACCGAGCUAUCUGUGGACGGAUAGAGAGUGCCAUACAAGGGCUUCCUCCACCGUAUCGUUUGAACAAGCCGAAGCUCGCGCUGAUGACGUCCGCCGAAUCGCGGAAUCAAACGAAACCACCCAACUUUAGUAUUAACUGGAUAACGAACGGUACCGAGGUGGAGAUCGUAAACUCGUUCACCGGCAAGCUGAUCAACAACAAUACCAACACGAACAAAAUGUCCCGGCUGUCGAAGCAAUCGUUCUAUCAGCGCUACUCGACCGUCAUUGCACGGCUGCCCGGUAUACCGUGCCGCGACGUUAAACCGACCUACUUCGAGACGAAAACGUCCGUCGCGGAGUAUCAGCAGGCAAAGCGCGAACUGUUUGCCGCGUUCAGCAAGGAAGAUCUGGGCGAAUGGUUGAAAAAACCGAUCGAGCAGGACCAGUUUACGCUGAUCGUGGCGAAGGACAGCGAACAGCCACCGUACGCUAACCAAACCCAAACAGUGCCAAUGCCGAACGAUGCGAAUGCCGCCACCGUAGGCAAUGUUUCUUCCAUCGGCAACAGCUCCAAAUGACAUCAUGUCAAGUUCGCCAGCAAGCGCAACUAUGCGGCGAUAGGAUUUAUCGAUAGUGCUAGCAGCAACACUUCCGUAGAGCGUAAUAACAAUUCUAGCAGUUCUUCAGGUAGUUAGUUUAAGCGACGCUAGUUCCGCUUGUUCAACAUAUAUAUUUUUUUUGUGAUUCGAAAUCUUUAGAACUUAGCCAGUGACGACAUUGGAAAAUGUGGGCGGCGGCGUGGUCGUGUAUAACCGGGGGAAUAACACGACGAAAAAAACACGCUUUAGGGCAGGGUUAGGAGACAAUGCAAAAAGCUGGGUUUACCCUUUAGGCGAUUUUUAUUUUCCACGCGUAUUUUAUAUAUUUUCGAUUGAUCUUUUUUUGUUUUUGGAGACCCUCGUGUCCGUGUGUGUGCGUGUGUGUGUUGUUGCGUUACCAUUGAAUUGGUAUUUAAACAAAAUAGUACCGCAUAGUGUGUAUAUAGAAAAGUUUAAAGGAAGUUUGUCUGUAAUAUUAUAGUCAGACAAAAUGACAAAUGAGACUGGUUGUAGCUUCUCUAUAUUAUUCGUGGUAGUAGUGCGUUUUUUCUUUUGUUUGGACACAUAUAGAGUAGUGUUUCCUAAAUAUUUAGGGUCAUUACGUUGCCAACUAGAACAUUUGCUUGCUACACACACCACAGUAAUCGGUGAAAGGAUGUUAAAGAGGGAGAAUUUAAAUUAACUUUAUUUUUAUUUACAUUUUUUUUCACUAACGAUCUCAAUUUUGUUUUAAACAUUUAUUUCUCUUAUUUUUUUAAUUGAUGUUGCAUCAAAUUUAUCGUUCAAAAAGAAAAAAGAAUCUUGCAGUAAGAUUAUAGUAGCUGCCCAAGCUUCAGAGUGUUGUGAGCAAGUAUUUUUGAUGAUGUGGUUUUUUUUUAUUCUCCCUUUUAUGGUAUGAUUUAAUUGUUUUACAUGGUUCCGUUGAUUUAUAGUAUUAAGCGUUUGUUCUCUAAUUGCAAAGACUUCGUAAGCAAAGGGACAUUGAAUAACACCUGGUUUUGUUCAAUAAUUUAUUUUAAAUAUUAAUGGCAAAAUUUUGUGACGGUAAAUCGUGUCGAACAAGUAACAAUUGAAUUUGAAGCCGUUUUACCGUUUUGUAUAAUAUCGUUUAAUCUUCCUAUUAGUAAGAACCAUCUCGGUUUUGUCUCCCCCAAAAGAAAAAAAAACAUUUAUCCGGUGCAUCAGCUUUAUUUACCAAUGAGCAAAGCUAUAUCGAUAAAGAUGAUGCGCAGCAGCCCUUACCCCCCCUACGUACACAGAUAUUUAAUAUUGAUAAUAGCGAUAGAUAGUAUUUUUCACCCCUCGCGUUAAUAGGAACGAUUGCGUACGGCGGAUUUGGGAAUGAAACAUGUUUUACUGAUACAUUAGUGAUAGGUAUAUGCUGUUGAUUUAAAAAAACAAACAAACAAAUAACGAGGAAAAAACAUGCGAUAGAAGACAAGUGACAUAUAUUUGCUAGGCUACAAUUUAAUUACCAUAUUGUGAUUUCGUAACAAACAAAAAAUUUACACGAACCCAGGAUAUAGCGUCCUUCCGGUGCGCUAUGCAUAAACAUGUAAGACCUUACAAAUUAUUACAAUGAUAAUUAUGAUUAUGAACUAUGAUUAGGAAAAUGAACCCUAACCACCACCCCCCCAGGCCAUUUUGCGAAUGAUUUUAUUCGACUAACCAGAAUUAGGUGGGCAAUGCCUUUUAAUUUUUUUUAGAAGUUGUUUAAAAUUACCUGCGUAUGAUAUUCUAGCGUGCAUCUAUGCAUAUAAUUUACCUGCAUUCUUAUUAAUCCAUACCAUUAGGCCAACACAGAGCCAAACGAGAAAAAAAACACACACACACGUACUCUCGCUCUCUAUAUCUAUGCAAACUCUCACAGACAAACACAUUUACAAAACUAACCUAUUUUUACUGUAGCGAAAGAUAGCGAUUUAAUUGCGUUUUGAUAUAGAUUGUAAAAUAUGUUGUUGCAUUUUCACGAAUUUACUAGUAUACUCCUCCCCCUCCAUCCCUCUCCCACCCCCUUCUCCCUCCAUAUAAGUACAAUUGAUUACAUUUUAAUCCAUUUGCACACAUGUAUAAAAGGUGAAGCUAAAAUAGCACAGAACGUGUGUGUUUUUGCGUGUGUUGCGUGCACAGCUCAAACGUUCAUUUUCCAAGCCCCCCCCCCCCCCCAACCCCCCCAACCCCCCCACACACCAUUUUUUGUAUAUCACUCCCGAUGAAGCAUAAACAGGACUAAUGCCAUUCAACAAAAAUUAAUAAUAACUUAAACUCAUCUAUCGCAAAAAAGCAGUCAAAAGAAAAGAAAAACAUUAUGUGAUGCAACGUUUUGUAUUCGUUAACAGGAGAAAAACCGCAAAUACGUAUUUUUAGCGUAAAUUACCGUUACGAUAAUGUUUAAAUGCUACCUUUUGUUCAUGUUUGUUUUCUUGUUAUUAGUUGUUUUUUUGUUUUGUUUGGUAAACCCAAAUUAGUUACAUUUUGCAUUGUAAUUCAAGAUAAAGCGUUAAAAAAGGCAUUUGUAUUAAUUGAUAAACAAAUGAUCGUUUGAUAAUCUCGCGAAUCUUCACAACAGUAUGAAUAGUAAGAGGACAUUGCGAUUCGAAUUAGUGACACACACACACAGCUACACGUUAUCACAUGCGCAUGUAUGCCAUAAAAAAAGAUUGAAACGUCAUUUACAUCGAUACAUCACUGUGAAGCUCUGCAUCAUACAUAUCGAUCCGAUGCGAAAAAGCGACAAAGAACACAAAUUAUUGAAACGGGAGAGCGGCGGCGGUCCCAGUUUGUAAAACAUGAUAUCGUGUAACAAAGGUUUUAUUAAUUUCCAAUUUUUCAACUACUCACUUACCACGUCCAUAUUACACUUUAUAUUACGGUUAGAAUUUGAAAAACAGCCAACGGUGAAGGCGAAAAAGUCAUUACGUUUCGGCAUUACUUAAUUAGUUUAACGACGAAUUUAUUCAACUAAAGACUAGUGAAUGGCACGGCAACUACAAAAUCUCGCAAACGUUUAGAAAGAAAAGUGUAUAUCGUCUAACGUAUUUAUUUUUGGGGCGGGCUAGUAAGCGUUACUUUUAUAUUAUUAUGAUGGACUGCAAACAAAAAAAAAACAACCAGCAAAAGUGAACAUUGUGAUGGGUGCGUGCGUGAGGAGGGUAACUACACACACACACACAGAAAGAAGAUGGUUUAAAAGAAAAAACUCGAAUAAGGGGCACACCAUCCCCUUUUUCACUAUUAGUAAUUCGUAGUAUUUAGUAAUAUUUGGCCAAUUUGAAUUUGAACAUUUGCAUUCUGUUUUUUGGUUGGUAAACGAAAGCAAACAACUUUGUUUGUAAAUGGUUGUGCGUUUAGAUUUUGAACGGUUGAAACAUAAAAAAAAUCAACAAGAAUUUAGGAACAUAUUGUGGAGAGCGUUUUGUACAGACGGUAGUUUUGGGCUUUGUAAUUGCGCUAUUUGGUUUUGUGACGUUUUUUUUUUCUUUUGUAGUGCUGCGACGCGUUGUCGUGUCAUUUGCAUCAUUUGUUUUUUUUUUAUAUAUGUACCUUUUUUUCAAUUAUACCCUAUACUUAACACAAUUUUGAGAUUAAACUGAGGAAAUUAAUUACCUGCAUUAAAGUAUCUUGCAAAAACAAAUGAAUUAAAUAAUUAAUAACAUUGAAAAGACUUUUUCAAAAGCGUUCGCAGCAAAACGCGAACCUUCCGUCUGUAGAAAAUCUUUACGAUGUGUGUAUGUGUGUGUGUGCAUACUUGUUUAGCUUUGGGAGGACGGAAAAGGAAAGCCUCCAUAUUGAGAGAUUUAGUAGUAAAAAUGAAUUUGUUGGUCAUUUGUUUGUUUUUAAGGGGGAAGAGAAAAACAAAAAAACGAAAGUUUGAAAACUAAAAGCAAAAUUGUUGUACAAUUGUGUUAGGGGUGUGUUUGUUUCGACGUUUUUUUUUUUUGGAUGCGGAACAAAUGGAAGGAAAACAUGAAAAUAAACACUCUCUAGCACACACGCACACACACACACACAAUUAGGAUAGAAUGUGAAAUAUUUGCUUGAUUUGUUGCUCCUCUUGGAUGCAAAGAAGGCGUUUGUAGGCAUAUGAAGAUGAAGGCGAUAUUGCAUCCUGUAUAAGAACCGUAUGCAAUAACGAAAGCAAUAAAUAACAAAGAAAAAAAAACUGAUGCUCAAAUAUUUUGGCUGAUUUUCCGUUUGUUAGUGGAAGCUCUAGGUUUUGCGCGGGUACCUGUUGGACGGCCUGACAGUGUUCAUUUGCUAAUUGGGAAAUUUUGCCAGGGCGAGCAGGAAAGAGAACAAGGAACAAAGUGUAUUACGAGAGAGAGAGAGAGCGGGGGGUAAAAAAAAGGAACACACACACAAGUAAUUUACGUAAUUUUUGUAAUGUUGCGCAAAACAAACGUGGAAUAAGCAAUUGCAGAACAUCAUGACGCGCUGUGCACCCCUGAUGUAACAGUUUGUACUGUAGAGAGUUAAUCAUGUUGCGUUUGAAGAGGAUACUGCAAGAGAUGGACAGUUACUCUACGUUCACUCUUAACUAACAUGUUAUUCCGUAUCAGUUUUGCUUUCAGUAUUGGUUGGUGGUUUUCUUUUGAUUUUUGUGUACAUUUUUUUUUUGUUCUAGUUAAUUGUCAUCGGUGGUUUGUAACGGCAAAUUUGCCGAUUUAAAGUUGAUUAGGUGCAAAAUAUUAGUUUAUCGCGUUAAUAAAAUAACUACCCGUAUAUAGGUGUGAAGGAAGCGAAACGAGAAGAAAUCGAGAAGCGCUUUAGUUGAGUUUAGUCCAGUUCCAAUAUGGUUGCUACAUUUCUUACAAGUAUUAAUCUUCGGUACCAUUAACAAACAAAAAAGCAAUUAAUUUUCCGCCUUUUUACUGAAGCAGCAAAACCGCGCGUGAACGAUCCGGAAGAAUCGAGAAAGGAAUGGAAAUGCAAAAAAAGGAACAAAGGGCAAUAGCGCUCAGGUACCAUUACUUAGCAUCAGAUAAACAAUAUCAGUGCCGUUUUACAGUGAACACCAUCUAUGUGCAUCUUAAAUAGAUUUGUAAGUAUCAGUCAAAAUCCCUCAAUGAACAAAAAAAAGAACCCACAAACCGAAACAAAGCAAGCAACUAGCAAGAAGAAGAAGAAGAAAAAACAAAAUGAGAAAAAAAUGCAACGAACUAUCAUUUGGUGGUGCCGCAGACAGUGAUAAUAAAAGAAGGAGAAACAAAGAAAAAAAACAAAGUAAACCCUACAAUAAAAGGAUGUAGCAAGAACGAAAUCCCGCUGUAAAUAUUGGAAGAUUUAAUCUAGGUAGCACACGCCCCCUCCUCCCGGAUUGAUGGUGGUGGUGGUGGUGCACAAUUCAGCUAAUAGGAUCAAAUGAAAAAAGAAAACCAAAACGAAAUGGCAAACAAUUUUUCCAUCAAUUCAAGUAUGCUAAGGCCUAACUGUCAGUUAGAGUUCUGUUUUGAUAACGGUUGACAGGAUGCUUUUAAUCAUAACCACACACACACACACACCCCACCCACCCUUCUCCCGCCCCCCCUGUUUCAAUCCCAUUUAUCCGAAUGCUACCCAAGAAUGUGUAGCUAUCAUUUAGUAUCAACUACCAUCUACUGCUACUACUACUACUACUACUAAUACUACACUACUAGUCUACUACAAACAGGUCUACUACACUGCUACUGCAAUAGUCUAUUAAACCGUUCCGUGCUUAGGCCCGUGGUUGUAUGCCCGAUAAGAUUGAUUCCGUUUGCAUUUGAUUAAAUCACAAUUUGAUUGGAAAAUGUUUUUUUGUUUUGUUUUUUCUUCUGCAUGUUGAUUAAUAAUAUUUAUUUUUAAACAUUGUAAUAUGAAUGAUACGAAAAGAAAACAAAUUAAUUCUCCUUAAGCCUUACUCUAUAGUGUGAGCUGGACGAAUGUGACACAGCAAUAACAAGAAUGCAUUAUAGGCAGUUUAGCAAAUGUUUAACAUUGUUUUACCUUCUUCUUUCGCUGAUAAAUCGUUGAUCCUUCUAUUGCUCUCUUAUUAAUUGUACAUCGCGUUUGUUUGAAGCGUUUUAAAACAGGUUUGAUUAGUAGCGUUUUAAAGAUUAAAGAAAAAAAACACAGAAUAAGGAGAAAGAAAGGAAACAAAACCUCUCACAAACCGAGAACAUUUUCUUCCUAAAAAUUAUAUUAAUACCACUUUUCUCGUUGUCACGAUGGAAAUAUGCUGCUGAUAUGAAAUUUGAUAUACAUACACAUACUAAUAUGUAUAUUUUUCAUCCACUUGCUCAUGAUCUUGCAAACCAUGCAAACUAAUAAUAGCUCCAAUACGUAUGGUAUUAUACCGCCUUCAAUAACCCGGAGAAGAAGAAAAUAGGGCAAUCCCCAUUCCCAUUCCUCCACUUCCCCCCCAAAAAAAAAAAAAACACACACGUGGCAGCUUGGUGGUUGCCACACUGUUUGCGCCAAACUUGUAUACGAACCCAGCAAAAGGGCAAGUUCCUUACGGACGUGAGGAAGUCGCGCAGAACAACUUAAAAAGGGGAAGGGAGGGGUCCCACUUUACGCAAAACAAAAAUAAAGAAAAAAAACAAAACAAAACGCUAGUAACAAAUAUUAACCCCAUUAAACACCUUCUUAACUCGUACACAACGAUUAAACGAAUCAGCAAUUAGUUUUCCGAAUUCGAAUUAAAGAAAAAGAAGAAAAAACAAACAAACAUAGAUCAAUUUUGUGACAUUACAUUUCCGCGACAUGACCACGACAAACGGAUAAAUUGUACUAACAGAAAACAGUUUGAUCACAAGCUUUUUAACAGAAAGUCAAUUCUCACAAUUGUAAAAUGGUUAUGAAAUAAAAUAUAGCAACGUUUCUGAGAAAAUUUCA